GUUUGGCUAUCUAGCAAAAUACAAAAAUAUUAUUCUACGGGAGCGAGACCGAUUAGCUGGAGAAGUCAUCGAUAUGGAAAAGCGAUUGGCUACAAAUCGUUACUAUUCAGAAAACCUUGAAUAUAUUAUUCGAAAUAAUGAGGACGCGCUAAGUAAAAUGGCUUCUAGGGCAAAAUUUUCAGAAGGGGAACGUAUUAAUGUCGAAUCCAAGCUACGUGCUCUUAUGAAGUCAAUGGAGGAACAGAAAGAGGCCCAUAAUAAAACUAUAAAUAAACUUGAAAUUGCUAAUCGGGAUUUGGGAGAAACUACUCGUAAAUUAAAUCAAAAGAUGAAUGAUUUCGAUCGACAGAAAGUACAAGUUGAUAAAUACAAAAGUGAAGUUAAUGCACUGAAUAAAAUAAUGCAUAAACAUGAGGAUGAUAUUAGUGAGCUGACUAAAGCUCAAAAAAAUAAUGACGAAAUAAUCAAGCAGUUAAGGCUUAUAGAAAAAGAAAAAUCAAAUGCAGUUAUUCAGUUGACAAGUAAAUUAAAAAAAUCUGUUGAAGAUCAGAAUAAUGCAAGCACACGAUUGUAUAAACUUAAUCGGAAAGUCAUGAUACUUAAUAACGAAAUAUUACGUCAUAAAAAUAAUAUUAAUUCCCUUGAGAAAGAUGUUUUAAACGCAAGUGGUCGCGCAGAUGACAUUCGCCGCAUUAAGGAUUCUUUACAAAAAGAGCGAGAUAGUUUACGUAGCGAGAUUAUUAAAUUAAAUAAUUCUAUUGCAGACUUACGGCACGAUAUGAUGCUUAAAACUAACAUGAUCAGUUCAUUAAAUUUAGAUUUAAAUAAGUUAAAUAUCAGGCUAGAUGAAGCAUAUAUUUUAAAAUCUAAAGCAGAAAAAGAACGAGAUGAAAUGGCCCAGGAAAUGGAAACAUUGCAUGAGAGAAUAGAAAGUUAUCAAGGUAAGAAUACUUUUGAA